UUGUAAAUAAAAUCUAUACACUCUCAUCCUCCAUUUGUAGAUGUAACGUGAUAGAAAUUGAAGUGUGAUGAUAAAAUGGAUGAUGAGAUUAACAUUCUUUUCUACUUAUCCUUGCAGAAUGUAGACAAGUGGUCCUUUGAUGUAUUUGCACUAAAUGAUGCCAGUGGAGAUCAUGCACUGAAAUUCAUUUUCUAUGAACUUCUCAUGUGCUAUGAUCUGAUCAAUCGUUUCAAGAUCCCCAUUUCUGCCCUGGUGUCCUUUGUGGAAGCUCUGGAGGUUGGAUACAGCAAGCACAAAAAUCCUUAUCACAACCUAAUGCAUGCUGCAGGUGUGAUGCAAACAGUCCAUUACCUCCUUUUCAAGACAGGCGUAGUGGUGCGUACAGGAGUUGGCAUCCUUAAUACAUAAUGAGACUGCACUAGUUUUUGUUCAUUAAGGAGAUUAUCAUUAUACACAGCAGAGUCCAUUUGUACUGUAGAAAAAUAUAAUUUGCAGCGGCUGUGCUAAUGCAAAUAGAGAUUUGGGCUUAUUUAGAAGAAUUGGGGUGAGGAUAUGGGUAACUGUUUUAAUG